CUUUCUUUUGUCAACCCUUUUUUUUUUAACAAAUUUUAAGCUUACAUUUUUGGAAAAAAAGGGGUUGACAAAAAAACCUGAAAAUAAUUGCCAGUUCUUCAUUUAUGUUCUUGUUUGUUGUGUAAUUUUGAAGUGUUCUUCAAUUUUUUUUUUUUCAUGUAAUAAUUGGAUUAUUGUGGAUGUAUGUGCUUAAUUUUUGCUUGUUGAUGAUAAAAAGAGAUAGUACCCUUUUUCUUUUUUCCUACCAUAUAACUCUGAUUGUUGGUUUUCUCUGUAUUUUUCCUUGGGUGGUUGUUUUGAUGUUGGAUAUUAGCUUAAAAAGAAAAAAAGCAUGGACUAAAAUGUAUCUUUGGUGCUAUAAAAGCAUGGGGCUAAAAUGUAUGGUGUUGGUACUAAAAUUUUUGAGUCAAAAGAAGGUGUAUAGCUACUUUUGAAUCAUUUAGAAUGGGGCUAUGAAUGGAAAUAAUUCUGGGUCCAAUGGCUUUGAAAGAACCAAAGAGGGGAUUGAAGAAUGGCAAAGUUAGGAACCUAGAUUUAUUAUUAAAGCAUAUAUGUAAUAAUUAUGGAUGGCCCAUAAUCAAUUGGGGAAAUUAUUUUGGGGGUGAUUAUUGCAAACUUUUUUCAUGUAUAAAUUGAGAAGUUUGCAUCUGUCAAUUGUAAUUAGUCCCUGCUUUCUGAAUUCGCAACGAUCAAUCAUCUUUAUUUGGUCUUUCGCCUUGCUGUUUAGGGCAUCACAAUCUUUAUGCUGUUGAUAAAGCACUACCUUCGUUUUUUUAGUUGCAAUGUUUUGAAUUUUGUAGUAUCAUAUAUUGAUAUUAGAACAAAUAUUAGUAUGUACAAUGUUGUUGGAUUUAUCUCAAUGUAUUGUUUUAGAACAUCAGCUUUUAGUGACUUUUACUAAUAGAUAAUUAAGGAUAUUAAUGGUCAAAGUUUUGUGCUGACAAGCGUGAAAAGCAAAGUGUUGCCAACUAAUAGAAGUUGGAAAGAGUAUUUUUCAUACUUAUGAUGCAAAAUUUUGUCACAUACAGUUCAUAGUUUGAUAAAUAUCUAACUACUUAUAUGUUAACCUUUUGUGCUCUGGUGAAAUGUGGCCAUAAAGAGGCAGGCUGCAUUAUUGGAAUUGGAGUUUCCAAGGGCUGAGGAAGCUGCUCGUUUAGUUUGGGAAGGAUGGCAACCGAGAGUCCAAUUAGAAUGUUAGAGAGUGAUGAGUCCAAAAAGUGGCUACCUUCUAUGGAUUCUAUGUUGUUUUCUUCACCUUUCAGUAACGUUUCUGGUCAAGAAGGAGUAAGCAAAGUUUUAAAAGACAGUUUUGUCCUCGACGAACAAACUCGUAUGGUGCCUAAUAGAAGUGGUAGUGCUCCACCUACUAUUGAGGGUUCCAUUGCUGCCUUUCGGUCUUUUAUGGACCAGAGGCACUCUUCUUCAACUAUCUCUAGCAAUGAGUUUUUGGACAGUCAUGAGUCUGAAGAACAGAUGCGAACUGAUCCAUCAUACAUUGCAUAUUACUAUGCUAAUGUUAACAUGAAUCCAAGGCUUCCUCCUCCUCUAAUCUCACGAGAGAAUCGUCAUCUAGUGCGACUUAUGGGAGUUUUUUCUGGUAAAAAGAAUUCUGUUACUGAAGGUUUGCUGGGUACUCAUAAGGAAGAACCUGAAGAAGCUGUGUCACCACGUGAAACUUAUGGUGAUCAGAAGGAAAUUUUUCUGCAUGGUACAACAACAUUUUUAGCGGGAAAUAAUGGAAGUAAGGGAGACCUCAUUCAGGUUCCAUCUUCUGUAUCUAGUGCAGCUUUCGAAGGAGAAAAAGAUCAUGACUUUGGCACAGUUUCAACAACUGAUCACAUUAAAAUGCAGGAGUCAUGCUUAGGUUCGGUUGGCACCAAUUCUUCCAUAUCAACUGCUUCUUACUACAGAAAAACUGAUGUAGAGGAUUUUGCAUCUAACCAGAGUAAUAUUGGCUCAGAUACUUCGGUAGUAGAAUCUAGAAUGAAAUUAUUGGAUGUUUCAAGCGAAUUAAUCAGAGAGGAUGACCAAAAGAGACAUGGCAAUCUAUACUUGCAUGAUGAGAAUAGGCUUCUUCCUCAUCCUUCACAAGACCGGACUUAUCAGAUGCCUGGGUUCCAAACUUAUGCUAUUCCCCGAGGAAUGUAUGCUGUCCACCAGAAGCUGUUACCCGUACAUCAGCCAUUUAUGCCUAAUGCAGGACUUGUACCACCAUUAUAUGCGUCAACAGCUGCUCAAAUGAAUUCAGGAAACCUUUUUUAUCCAGGUGUACCACCAGGCUUCCCUAGUCCACAACAUUCUCUAGGUGGAUAUAGUGUAAAUUCAGUUUUUCAUCCUCAUUUUGGCGGAUUUCUUCACGACAAUGCAUUUCCAUUACCAAUUAAUGCAUAUCCCAAAGCAGCCUUAAAUUUAUCUGGUGAUAUGAACCCGUAUACUAGUCAAAUUCUACGGCCUUCUUUUGGCGGUCCUCUUCAAGGGCAAUGCUUUCAACCACUGUAUGAAGAUGCUCAAAGAAGAGUUGUUCAGCAUCAACUGGGUGUUCUUGCAUCACGAAACUCUGAUGCAACUUCUUUGUUAGGUGAUAUGGAACUUAAUCAUCCUGGAAUAGACAAAGCAAGCAUAUCCUCUCCAAUAAGUGGGACUCGCGUUAGUGCUACCUUCUAUGGAUAUCCUCCUAGCUUAGGGGAGUCACAAUUUGCAGCCCCAUCACCUUUAUUACCAGGAUCUUCCUUAUCUAGGAAUAUUCAUCAAGGGCUAGGCAAUGAUUUGAGUCCUUCACAACAAUCACCAAAAAGUACAGCUGCAUCUUAUGGAUGGAAAGGACAAAGAGGAGCUGAGAAUAUUGAUACUCAUAUUCCUAAAAGGCAUUCUUUUCUUGAAUUACUCAAAUCCUACAGUUCCAGGAUGCUCGAACUGUCAGAUAUUUCAGGCCAGAUUGUCGAGUUUAGCACUGAUCAACAUGGUAGUCGAUUCAUUCAACAAAAGUUGGAGAACUGUGGCAGUGAUGAGAAGGAAUCUGUUUUCAAUGAAGUUCUUCCACAAGCUUCAAAGUUGAUGACUGAUGUCUUUGGAAAUUAUGUAGUUCAAAAGUUCUUUGAGCAUGGAACUGCUGAACAGAGGAGAAAACUUGCCCAGCAACUUACUGGACAGGUUUUGACCUUAAGUUUGCAAAUGUAUGGCUGUCGCGUGAUCCAAAAGGCACUUGAGGUCAUUAAGCUUGAUCAGAAGGUGGAGCUUGUAAAGGAGCUUGAUGGGCAUGUUUUGAGAUGUGUGCAUGACCAAAAUGGAAACCAUGUGAUACAGAAAUGUAUUGAAUCUAUCCCGACAGAGAAAAUUAAAUUUAUCAUUUCUUCGUUUUCUGGUCACAUUGCAACUCUUUCUUGUCACCCAUAUGGUUGUCGUGUCAUUCAGAGAGUUUUGGAGCAUUGUUCAGAAGAACAGAUAAGUCAGAGGAUAGUUGAUGAAAUCCUUGAAUCUACGUCUACUCUUGCUCAAGACCCGUAUGGUAACUAUGUUACUCAGCAUAUUAUGGAGAUGGGGAAGCCCCAUCAAAGAAGCCAAAUCAUUCACAAGUUAGCUGGUCAAUUUGUACGGUUAAGUCAGCAUAAAUUUGCAUCCAAUGUUAUUGAAAAAUGCAUAAAAUACAGCAAUGCUUUGGAACGAGAUCUAAUAAUCCAGGAAAUCCUUGCACAAUCUGGUAACAAUGAAGCAAUAUUGAUGAUGAUGAAGGACCAAUAUGCAAAUUAUGUAGUCCAAAAGAUUUUUGAGAUUGGUUCUGAGAAGCAAAAGGAUACAUUACGAAAUUGUGUGCAAUUACAUCUUCCUGAUUUGAAAAAGGUCUCUUAUGCAAAGCACAUUGUGUCUCGCUAUGAGCAAUUAGCAGAGGACUCUGAACAGGAGCGGAAACAGUGUGCGAAGAUGGCGGACAGCAUACCGAGCACCUCUGGAUGAGCUACUUAUAUCUCAUAUGCUAACUUAAUUGAGACGGAAGCCCUUGAUCAUAUCUUCUGGUGCUAACAUAAUGCAUAGGAUCCAUGAUUUUCGUCAAGUAAAGAUACUAAUGUUGUUUGAUUAAUGUACAGAGUACAUCCAACCAUUUUUUUUCUUUCUGAUUUUCUUCUUUAACCUCCAGACCUGUAUCUAUUUUCAAUCGCCUAUCCUAACUCGUUCUAUUUCUUUCGAACUUUCCAUCAUUGUAAAAUUAUUCUUGCCAACCACAGUGUAUAAUUUAUAAACUAGUGAGUGUCCCGGGCGAUGCUCCGGAUUGUUUCUUUUCGU